GAGUAGGUUUGAGAAAACUGCCAAGUUUGCCAACGCAUGAUUGUUGUAUGGUGUAGUUUUAAAACAUGUCGUUUUCAGAUUUAUAUGCUAAAUAUAAUUGUACAUACUGCCAAGAAGAAAUAAGCGGAGUGCGUGUAAGAUGUGCCGAAUGUAAAGAUUUUGAUAUUUGUUUGCAGUGUUUUUCACUAGGUGCUGAAAUUGGGUCGCACAAAAAUGAUCAUUCCUAUCAAUUCAUGGACUCUGGGGCGUUUGGGAUCUUCUUGGGUCGUAAUAGUUGGUCGGCUAAUGAAGAAGUUAGACUUUUAGAUGCGAUUGAACAGUUUGGUUUUGGAAACUGGGAAGAUAUAGCAAAGCACAUAGAAACAAGAACACCAGAAGAAGCCAAAGAUGAAUACAUAACUAGAUAUUUAGAGGGUAGCAUAGGACGUGCAACCUGGGGUAAUGUUGAAAGCACAAGUAGACCAUCGUUAAGCUGUGCGGACAGAGAUGAAGGACCCCUUAGCCCAAAUGCUGUGUCAAGACUUCCACCUCUAGCUGUAACCCCCGAUGAAGCUGCUCAAUUGGGCUACAUUAGCAAUAGAGAUGAUUUUGAAAGGGAGCAUGACCAUGAUGCAGAGCAAUUAAUAUCCACAUUAUCCCUUAACCCUGAGGAUGAUGAAUUAGAUGUUGCACUGAAGUUAUCUCAAGUAGACAUAUACACUCGAAGGUUGCGUGAAAGAACAAGGAGAAAAAGACUAGUGCGAGAUUAUCAGUUAGUUUCAGUAUUUUUCAACAAUCAGAGGAAUAAACAGAAAACCCUCGGGAAACUCGCCAAAGAGAAAAAAGAGUUCAUGGAGCGGCUGCGCUGGACGGCGCAGUUCUACGGGCGGCUGGAGCAGUCGGGCGUGGCGCUGGGCCUGUGGCGCGAGCGCGAGCUGCGCGUGCGCCUGGCCGAGCUGCACCGCUACCGCCUGGCCGGCGUCACGCGCCUCGAGGAGUGCGCGCACUACGAGCAGCACGCCGCGCACCGCAAGCACCCGCACCACGACGUGAGACUGGCGCUGGGCAGCAGUGGGUGCCUGGACACACAGCAGACAAAAGAACAACCGCAGAACAACACACUGCAGCUAAGAAAAAGAGACGUAGACAGCGGCUCAAGUUCCACAAGCCCAAAGUGCACACGGGACGGAAGUACCGUAUGUGGAUGCUCCAAAAAGAACUCAUGCAACGCCGCAUGCUCGACUCAUCUGCUGACCACUAACGAGAUACAGCUCUGCACCGCAUUAAACCUGCCCCCGACGCAGUACGUGACGAUGAAGGGCGUGCUGCUGCGCCGUGCCCCGGCGCACGACUGCGAGCUGGACCUCGCCGUACGACACUACCUGCACACCGCCGGCUGGGUGCGCCACUAGCCGCGGGUACACUAGGUAACUGGGGAAUAUUGUUGUCAGCUAAAUAGAAAAACCCACAUAUGUUUAUAUUAUUAGCUUGAAAGGGUUAUAAUUAAAAGAAAAUUAAAAAAAAAACAUAUUCUUUGUAGUAACAUUCAACUGGGUAAUAAAUAUUUUAAAAUUAUAGAUAUAUCAAUUAUUUAUUGUUUAAGUUCAGAUACGAUAGAAGAUAACGCUUGUAUUAGUUAUGAGUUCUAAUAAUUGUUACCGGCUGGGGUGUGUAUGGUAUGGUUUCAGUAUGGAUGUUUAGCUAAAAUAUAUUGGAUAAACAAUUCGGUAAAUAUAAUAUUGACAUUGUAAUUGGUGUAAAAAUAAGUAAGAUUAAAUGCUAUUAAGCUUAAAUAUUAUGAAGUUGAAAAGAGUUGAUAAAUAAAUAUAUAAAUAAAUGUUAUGUAGUCAUUAUUCGUCAUUCUAUUGGUUUUCAUUUAGUGAGAAUUUAGUUUAAUGGUUAUAUAGAAACUUAGACGCAAGACUCUUUUUUUAAAAAAAUAAUAAGGUUAAUAAAUUUAAAAAAUUUUAAAAGCAAUAAAACUCUGUUGUAAAUAUUUAAGUCUCUUUGGCGGUAUUUUCUUGAAAAAUUGCGUUCUGCAUAAUAAGUCAUUAAUGUAAAUUUCAAUUGCUAUAAAAGACAAUUAUUGAAAUUUGAAACCACAGUUUAUUUCAAUUUAAUUUGUAUAAAUAAUAAAUACAUAUUACAAUUAACGGCAAACUUUAGUUAGUUGUAGUUUUUUUAUUUUUUAAAUAAAAUACUAUAUAUUUAAAAAUAGAAUACAAUUAAUAUCAUUUCACUUGGUUGUUUUGCUUAUAAUUUAUGCAAAUUAAUUGAAAUUGUCUAAAUAAGCAACUCUAUGCCUUUGACAGCAAUUACAUUACAAAGACUAUAGACAUAUAUACCUACUUUUUGUAUAUGAAUGUCAUAUAUAUGGAAGGGUAAACUUUAUUUUUACUAUCGAAGGACAAGGGACAGAUAUAUUAAUGAGUUAUAACUACCAAUAUGGCAAUUACCAUUUUCCAUAUUAAAAGUUUAAGACUCAUAUAGACUCAUAAUAAGUUGGGAUAUAUCAUAUAUAUAUGAUUAUGAUACAUAAAUUGUCAAAAACUAAAGCUCCAUAAAUAUAUAAGGUAAAAAUUACAAAUAUUGAUAUAUUGUAUGGUAAAUUAUGUGUUUAAAGUGUGUUUCGUCAUUCGUAUGACGCCAGGGAUAUUCAAAGCUAUUCAUUGAUCUAUCAACCACUAAAAUAUUCGUACUUUAUAUGUGCAAAUAGAUUUCUUAGUGAUCAUUCUAGAAUAAAUAUCAAAUAUUAGUGGUUUCAUAUAACGCUACCUCUUAAUGGAGGUAAUUUUGCCUGCUCUUAUAGAGUAAUGUAAAUAAAUAUUGAUGUAAAUAUUUAACAAACGGGGUCUAGUUGUAACUUUCGGUAAUAUUUUAAGGAAAGGUUUUUUCUUUGAAUAUUAUUCAUUAUUAAAAGUCUUAGAUAGCACAAUGGCAUUUUAACUGUUCAUUGUUUACAAUAUGUUCUAAAUGUUUAAGUGAGAUGGAAGAUUUGCUUCAAGGUAUAGAAGCAUGGUGUUAAAAAAAAAAACAUAUAUAACUUUCGCACAUCCUUAAAAUUUAUGAAGUCGUGUAAUAUAACAAACUUAUAAAACAAUAUUUAUAACUUGAAAUAUUGAUAGAGUAUGAUAAAAGUAUGGUUACUAUGACACAAAUGAUUGAACUCUGAGAGCCUCAUAGAUAGCUCCAUGUCUACAUUUUAUAAGAUCGAGGCAGUUUAUAAUGGAAAAAUACAACAAAAAGCUGCCUUUUAAAAUUUAGUAAAACAAUUACAUAUAACAAAACAUUACUAUUCAUAAGACUAAACUUAAAAUAUAAAUACGUUAGAAUUGUAUGUAAGUAAAUACGGUAUAAAGUCUUUUUAAGGUAUACAUUAUGUAUAUUAUUUAUUUAAUGUAAGCGGCGAAACAUUGACCGAUGUUACUUAAACUUAGUAGCAAAAUGUUAUAUAUAUUUUUUUGUAAUUGUAUAUAAUUAUGUACAGCCUAUUCCAAUGGCAAGAGCGCAGAUAAAAGUAAAAAAAUAUAUUUUAUAAUCAAACCUUACAUAUUCCAUCUGAUUUCAUUUGUUUAUUUUUACUUAGAAUAUAACACUAUUGUAGUUCACAACUUGCAUCCACAUUAAUUUUGCUUUCAAUAUUUCGAUAACGACUUCCCCGAGUUUCUAGACGCCAUUUUUUUAGGAACGCCGUAUUGAAUACGAUAGAUUGUAUUAUUAGAUCUGCACCAAUUAUUUCAAAUCAAGGAAAAAUUUGUUUAUUUGUCUUUACUCGUCCUGCCAUUGGAAUGGACUUAUAGUUGAAAUGUAACUUUCAUUAUGCACAGUCUAAAUAGUAACUAUCACAUUAUCACACGUUGGUAGCAACUUAAGGGGUCAUCGUUUUAGAUAAAUUCCAUAUUUUAUUUUUAGUGAAAGAAAGUGAUCAUUUCAUUUUUAAUCUGUAUCGUUCCUCUUCACAUAGAUUAUAUUUCGAUAUUGCUUCUAGAUUCCUGAAUAUAUAUUUUUGUAUGUUACUUUAGCAAAAUCCGAUUAUAAAAAAAGGGUUAUGAAUCUGAGUAAAUAUUUUAACAGUAGUAUUCCUUUAAUUUAUGGUUGGUUUUAGGUAUGAUCUCUUAUAUUUAGUACAUUAUUUGCAUUUUAAGGAAUCAUGAUAUAUUUAUUGAUUUUAGAAGCAAUUUAAAGUGCAAAUAUUAUAACACUGCCUCUCGUUAGCAAGUUAAGCUUUUUCAAUCAAUUCUGUGAUUUGGGUCUUAAUUUUCAUUUAAUAAAAUAUUAGUUGUGUAAACAUUUUCAUUUCAUUAAAAUACUAAUUUGACAAACAAUUGUUUUAAUAAAUAAGAUUGUUUGGAUUAGGUUAGAAAAUUGAACAUUUUGUUAAUUAAAGUUUAACUUUCAGCAUAUAUUAAAAAUUAAAACAAAUGAGUGUUUGUCAAAUUAUAUUAUAUUAAAGGAUGAUGUUUCUCAUCUAAAUAAUUUCUAAAACGAUUUUAUCAAACAUUAGUGAAGCUGGAGACAUGUUAUUAUAUUAAAAAUCCAAGAAAACUCAGUCGAUCGAGUUUGUGAAUCAAUACAGUACUUGAGUAUUAUGAAGUACUUGAGCGGCAUAGUUACAAUAAUUGCACAAAAAUAAAUCCUUUAGGUUAGUAUAGUAUAUAUUUUUCUCACAUUAUGUCCUUUAACGAUUCUUAAUGUAAUUUUUUAUUUUUUAUUUUGUUGUCAUGAACAUGUCAUGUCGGGAACUCAUUUAAACAUUUUAAUUUGACUCCUUAAAAUAAAAUUCAAAGUUGAUCCUAUUGUACAUGUAUAUAGACUUGAAGUACAACUGCUGUGUAAUUCAUUAUAUAUGUAAGUAGGUAAAGAUAAAAACAUAAGUGAUUUCAAGGGAAUAAAAAAAUCAAAUCAAA